AAAUAGGGUGUGCCCAUCAGUGUGCCCCCUUACAUUAGGUGUUACCAUUAGAGUGCAUCAUGUAUUCCCAUCACAUCAGGUGUGUCCAUCAGAGUGCUCCUUUACAUCAAGUAUCCCCAUCACAGUGCCACCUUACAUCAGGUAUUCCCGACAGAUGCCCCUUUCCAUCAUAUUUCCCCAUCAGAGUGCCCCUUUACAUCAUAGUCCCCAUCAGAGUGCCCCUUUCCACAGUAUGUGACCAUAUGUGCCCCCUUAACAUAACAUGUGCCCACCAGAGUGCCCCUUAACAUAAAAGAUGCCCUUCAGAGUGCCCCUUAACAUAAAAGAUGCCCAUCAGAGUGCCCCUUAACAUAA